GUCGCAGGGCAGAGGAUUGUUGUAAUCUAUGUUGAAGUAAUCAUGGGCGAAGAAGUCGACGAAGCCGAGAAAAUCGAGAUAGUCGAAAAACCACUCGAGAAACCAGUCACUCCUGACAAUCUAAAGAAGAAAAGAAGGAGGGGAAGAGGAUUCUUGUACGCGAUCGUAUUCAUUUAUCUUUUCAACGCGCUAAGCGUGAUUUUUCAAGGCUUAAGGAAGAAAAAAAGAAUAAAGCAACUUACGGAGUAAGAUGGAAUCCAGCAAGUCUGAAUCUGCGCAAAAACCAACUAUGGUAUAUAUUUGUGGAGAAUGUCACCAUGACAAUGAGAUACGUUCCAAGGAUCCAAUUCGAUGCAGAGAAUGUGGAUAUCGUAUUAUGUAUAAAAAGCGCACUAAAAGACUUGUUGUUUUCGAUGCACGUUAAGCAGACAAGAAACAUAUAAUGGAUGUUAAUAUUUCUUUUUGUAUUAAAUGGAUGUUAAUAUUUCUUUUUGUAUUAAAUGGAUGUUAAUAUUUCUUUUUGUAUUAUGAGUAUUAAUUUCAAACGUUUUCUAUUGUACGUAAGGGUUACUUAAUUUUCAAUAAACAAUACGUUAUUAUCGCAAA